ACAUCUGGGAGAAUUAUUGCACAUGUAUUAUGUAUUACAAGACAUCUUUUUUGACAAUAGCUAAGUUGAAAAUGUCCUUUAGGAAGAAGUCAAGGUUGAACUUCCAAGUUAAUAGUGCAUUAUCUUGCUUCUUGGAUUGUAGUUCUUGCUUUUGAUAUUUAUCGUGUUUGAUAUUGUGUUCCGAUUAUCGCACUAUAGGAUUUGCACUGCUUCCCUUGUUAGUUACUAUGUUCUUUCCUCACUGUUUUCUUACUCUUGAGAGUCUUUCGGAAAUAGCCUCUCUACCUCGAGGUAGUGGUAAGCUUCUUCAAUAGGAAUGAAGUUCUGGUGAAGGAUCAUGGAUUGUGAGAAUAAGGAUUCUGAGCUUAGAAAAUUCGGAUCAUCUCGCACAAGCAGUGCCAGUUCUUCUCUCAGGAGGCGUUCGUUGAGUUUAUCACUUUCUCUUCCUAAACAUCUGAAUGACGAUGAUGAUGAAAAUGAAUCUGUAUCAGAAGCAGGAGAUAUCGGGGAUCGUGAGCUUCAAAGCAAUAGGUACAGUGGGAGUGGCAGGCUAAGAUUAAUCGGUGAAAAUGCACCAGAACAUAGAGUGGUUGUUCCCAUUUCAGAGGACACGAUGUUGGGGUCCAAUGCUAUGAGUAGUGUUACUCCAGUAUCCCCGAUAAAAUUGAUCUCUCAACCCGAUCAUAAAGAGAAUGAUGAAAAAACAGAGGUGCCAUGGGUUUUGGAGUAUACUUCAUGCCUCUUGUUUCUAGCUGUAUUUGGUAUAUUGGGGGUUUUGCUGAGGUAUGGUCUCCAAAAAUUAUUCGGACCAGGAAUAGUUGGUGCCACAAGUGAUCAUAGUUAUAUGUAUCUGGACCUGCCUUCUAACAUGGUCGGUUCGUUCUUGAUGGGUUGGUUUGGUAUGGUCUUUAAAGAGGACAUUUCCAGAAUUUCAAGUCAAUUAGCAAUUGGAUUGUCAACUGGUUUUCUAGGAAGCCUUACUACUUUCAGUGGUUGGAACCAAAAGAUGCUCGAGCUUAGUGUUGAAGGGCAGUGGGUUUUUGUAGUUCUUGGCUAUCUUCUAGGUUUAUUUCUUGUUGCCUACUCAAUCAUAUUUGGAAUUGAGACUGCGAAAGGUGUCAAUUGGCUCUACAGAAGAGCCAAUAUGAAUUCAUCCAACUCAGGCACAGACUACCAUUGGAGAGUAGAUAGCUGUAAGCGCCAUUUAAUUGUUAUACUCUUUCUCCUACUCAUUCUAGCAUCGCUAUGGGGUAUGAGCAUAGGACUGGAGGUACAUGAAUUCAGCAGCAGCAGCCCAAAAGCACAGUUGUGGCUGGCCUGCAUAGUUGGUCCAUUUGGUGUGUGGAUCAGAUGGUUCUUAGCACGACUAAAUGGACGUGGCUUAGGAAAAUCAGGCCAGCUCAAAUGGGUGCCCUUCGGUACUUUGAUUGCCAAUGUAUCUGCAGCUUGUGUCAUGGCAGCACUUGCGACCUUGAAGAAAGCAGUCAACACAGAGACAUGUGAUACUGUUGCUUCUGGUAUCCAGUUUGGUCUAUUGGGUUGUUUAAGUACAGUUUCCACUUUCAUUGCUGAAUUCCAUGCAAUGAGAGGAAGCAAGUAUCCAUGGAGAGCAUAUGUGUACGCUUUGUGUACAACGCUUAUAUCAUUCGUCCUGGGGACACUUAUAUACUUUGUGCCUGUCUGGGUUGAAAAUUUCAACUAGAGUAUCAAAUAUACACGAUCAAUCGUUGAUAUAUAUAUAUAUAUAUGUAUAUAGUUGUUGUUGCCAAGCUCCAAAGAAACAACAAGAGAUGCAAGAGAAUAUUGCAAAUUGGAAAUGAAAAUUUUGAGGUAAUGAAUUAAUUUAUUAAGUGCACAUAUUAAGGAGGUAACUUGUCAAGUUGUAUUAACAAAUUGUUGUAACUUCAUUGUAGCUCAAUUGACCUUGACAUUUAUAGUGAUUCUUUUAAAAUGGGCUAUUUUUGUACUUUCUAAUU